AUGUCUAUACCAAAAGCGGUAACCCCGAGCUACACUCGGGCUUACCAUGCGGCGCUGUAUAGGGAGUCCCUGCAGCACUUACCUUGUCCUUGGCUCCCGCAAUGUGUCCCCUGCAGCGUCCCCGGCCAUCUCCUCCGGCUGAUGCCGGCAUCCGCCUCCUGUGUUCCGGUCCCUGUGACGUCGGAACGUACGGGCGCCGGCGGCGCCGGGAAAUUUGAAAAUUUGAAAAAAAUGUCAUUUUUUGCAAAAGGAUUUUUUACAUAUGCUUUGUCCUGUGCCCUGCCUUCAUUUUUACUGUUCUUUCUG